AUGGCUACAAAAACCCUGCCGAUCCGUGAUGCGUGGAUCGUCAAAGGUGGAUGUGCUCAGCGUGUCUGCAAUAGCACCUCGAGGUUUAUACAGAUGGACAAGUAUCAUGGAAUCCCCCUGAGGAGCGUCGAUACCUCCACGACUCCCUCAGGCGUGGGAACGGUAAAUAUCCUGCGCAAUGUGCGCGGCCGAAGGAAAUGGCUGAUGCUCGACAACGUCCUCUACGUCCCUCAGGGGGCCAGUAUUCGCAACAAGUCAAACGGAAAGAACCUAUAUACAGCCAGCCAGUAUCAUGGAGUGUACGCACUCGAUCUCUGGACGAAUCUUACCUUUCCCGCCUACCAUGUCAGUCCGCAAAUGACUCUGUGUCAUAACCGGCUGGCCCACCUGAGCGACGCGAACAUACAACGGCUGCAGAAGCAGGCCCACGGCAUCCGGGACAUGGAACCACGCUGGGUCGAGAUUAUUCCGAUACCACGACGGCAGGAAUACGUUGUCGAGUCACUGCGUUUCUUCCUCGACCACAACGAGCGGCCUGAGCGAAAAUGCAGACGAAUCCGACUCGACCGGAUCCCGGAGCAAGUGGGAGAGGAAAUGAAAUUCAUCCUCUUCUCACGGGCCAUCCAAGCGGAAGUCACAGGGGUUGACCAACACCAGCAGAACGGAGUCGCUGAACGAGCACACAAGACAAUCUACGAUUGA